UCACCAAAUCUCACUGUUGUCUAGGCAUGAAUUCAAACGAACUCCUGUGCCAUAUUCUCUGAGCCUGUGGAGUCCGUGGAUUGGUGUCAAUUGACAGGAGGGAGCAUCUAGUGGCUGGCUGGUGGGCAGAAUGGCGUCUGUGAAGAGAACUGGGAGAAUGAACCGGCAGCAGAAAGGAACCAGGCAGUCUCUUCUGGAGAAGCUCAACGAAAAGCGGGAGUCUAACUGCUUCGUGGAGAGAAGCAACCAGGUCAGCCUGCUGCGCAUGCAGAAGAGACACUUCAGCGAGGCCUACAAGUCAGUCUUUACCAAGGUCCAGGUCAAGGAACCUCUUCCAGACAGUGGCAGAAGCUCCUGGGUCACGGAGAGCCUCAGUGCUCACUUGGAGAAAAGGCAUUUCCCUCCCCAAAAUAAUGCCAUAUUUGGAUAAUGUGCUUCUCUGGAGACAUACAAAAUAUUCUCCUUGAUCCUUCUUCGAUUUCUGUCUAAAUGAUUUACAAAAUUAAAUUCUAAAAAGAAAACA